CACAUUUUAGUGACUGUCAUCCAGAGAACAACAUGCCUGGUCCCCGAGCAUGCUUCCUUCUCAUCCUUCUCCUCUGCCAGUUCACAGGGCCAGUAACCUCUGGAGUUCUGAAGGACCUGGUUGGUGACCUUGGUGGGUCUGUGACUUUCCCUCUGAAGGCCCCAGGAGUUCAGAUUCACACCCUUGUCUGGAUCUUCAACACAACCCCUCUCAUUACCAUAGAGCCAAAAACACCAGAGAACCAAACCAAUGCUAUAGUGACCCAGAGUCAUAACAAGGAAAGGGUGGACUAUCUACGUGGAAACUAUUCCCUGAAGCUCAGCAAACUGGAUAAGAGUGACUCGGGUGAUUACAGCGUGGUUAUCUACGGCUCUUCCAUCAAAGAUCACUUCAUCCAGAAGUAUAGGCUGCGUGUCUAUGAGCACCUGUCAAAGCCCAAAGUUACCAUGGGUCUACAGAACAAUGAGAAUGGCACCUGUGUGACUAAUUUGACAUGCUUCAUGGACCAAGGAGGAGAGGAUGUGACCUACAGCUGGAAGUCCCUGGGGCAGGAAGCCAAUGAGUCCUAUAUUGGCUCCAUCCUACCCAUAUCCUGGAAGCUGGGAGAAAGGGGCAUGACCUUCAUCUGUGUGGCCAGGAACCCCAUCAGCAGCAAUUCUUCAAACCCUGUCUUUGCCUGGAAGCUCUGUGAAGGUGCUGCUGAUGACCCGGAACCUUCCAUGUUCCUGUACGUUCUGGGGCUGGUCUUCCUGUUCAGCACCUUUGCCUUGGUGCCAGUAAUUCUAAUUAUGCGGAGAGAAAGAAGAAAAGAGUCCAUUGAGGAAAAGAAGAGAAUAGAUACUCAUCAGGAAAUUCUUAACUACUACCCCCCUUCUGGAGAGACCCCGGUGUAUGACACAAUCACUGGCAUUAAUGACACUAUUCCAGAGGAGAAUCUAGCAAAUACACUUUACUCCUCUGUGCAAAUACCCCAAAAGACGGAGAAACUCCACUCUCCACCCACAUCACCAGAUACACCAAGGUCAUUUGCCUAUGAGAAUGUCAUCUAAACAGCAGCGCAGCCCUUCUGCCUCGCCUCAAAGAAAAAUAAAUCACUGAAUUGACUGGAAAUACUGAGGAAGAAUGAAGAACACUGACUUCCUUCCAGAAUAACUAUCCUCUAUGCUCCUUCAGAUUUGAGUUCCUAAUUCCAUUCACUCCUGAGAAAUCUCCUCAACCCCCAGAUCUCUUCCUGGAAAUGUUACUGUGAAUUGAUCAGCCAGUCCCAAGGAAGAGGCUUAGAAAUAUCUCUAUUGAAAUGUACAUUCACUGUCCGAUCAUAGGAAUGACAACUCCCAUUCCAGGGCUUGGAGAUAGGACUAGACCAAGAGUCUGGUGACCAAAAGAGUGAGAACCUAGGAAUGAUAGAUAUUUCCAGAAAAAGCAGAUGUAGUCCCCAGAAAUGGAUUCCUUAACCAACUCAUUACCUAUGUGCCUGGCACUGUGCUGAACUUACACUGAUUUUGCUUGGGUGUGCUCUCUGCUCUCAUGAAAUUGGUUCAUCAUGAGUGAGUUCUGUGGGCAUUAGCAGCGGAUCUGACUGCAAAUUCCCAAUAACCAGAGAGGCAGGUGUGAAUCCGUAGGACUUGGGAGCCAAUGUGUAUGAGGACAGAGAGCCUGGUUUUGUCUGGAUGGAUACUCCAAAGUGUGCUUGACCUGAGGACAAGGACCACAGCCCCAGCUUCAUUGACACUCUGUGCUGCCAGUGAGAAGCCUCGGCCAUCUCAACAGAAAAGUGAACCUGAAGACACAUUUAGAAUCUAUUUAAAAGACUUGGAAUUAGGGGUGAUCAUAUGUAAAUAUUUAAAGUCAUGUAAAUCACUUAAUGAAUAUUUAUUGAGGAUCUCUGCCAGGUCAGUCUGGCAAAUAAAACAGACAUAAUCCCUGUCUCCCUUUUUACAGUUUACCUUUUUAAUGGAAUGAGAAACAGGGGGAGGAGGACAGUUGCUUUUGAUAUGUUUCUGAACACAUCUUGAAUGAAAAUAUUGGGGAGGCAUCUGAUGCCCUCGGUCUGAGGGGUAUAAAUUGUUAAAUGAAAAA